AUAAUGACUGUUUUUCCCCUUCCAGCAGUAACUAGUAUUUUAGUGCUCAGUUAUAUUGCCUCGGCCCAGAAAAACUGGAAGCUGUGGAAACCUACUAACUCAGUGACCAUAAGACAGAAUGGCGGUAACUUGUGUGCGAAUCACCUGGUUGGUGAAUUUUUACAGCAUUCUGAAGACUGCCAACUGUUUUAUCUGUGCGUAGAGAACGGUGAUGCUGUAUUGGCCUCCUGUCCACCUACAAUGCUUUUCAAUUCUGAUAGUAAGCUCUGCGAUACAGCGGGAAAUGUGAAAUGCAGAAACGGGACAGAGACCGGCAUGGAAAACACAAUGCCACCGAACGCCGGUGACAGCGAUCUUAACAACAUUAUCACGGAUGCGGCUUCAUACUGUGCCACGUUAACUCAAAGGCAGUCUAACGAUCUGAUCGUUUAUAUAGGCAGUUCUAGUAGCUGCAGCACCUAUUACAUCUGCUAUUAUGGACAGGCUAUUCUGCAGGAGUGCAGCUCUGAAUUGCAUUGGAAUGCGUUGACUGGUAAAUGCGAUUUACCGGAGAGGGCUCAAUGCACCUUGGGUGCUCAGAAAGAAGAUCCUCCGACCCAUUCAACUCCUCCCAAUGCUAACAUAAACUCGGGUGUAGAUGUUUGGAAUGACUUUAUCCAUUGUCCCACUUACGGACAACAUCUGUAUCCACAUAUGCAGCGAUGCGAGUUUUUUAUUUACUGUGUGAAAGGACAUCCCACUUUGCAGCAGUGUCCGUUUUAUUAUUACUUUGAUAUUACCUCAAAAAGCUGUCAGUGGUCGCGCACAGCUUUGUGUGUACGAGAUUUAAAUUUGCCGCCCCAAAUAAAAAUACAACCCUGA